UUUGUGAACAACUACCCAUUUAUAAACCUAAAUGAGAAAGCAAUAUGCAGUUAGAUAUCCACACACACACACACUUGUGCAUGUCUAAAUAUAUCUGACACUGUUUUCACAGCCUACUUUGAACCUACAUCUGAAGCUCACAUUAGUUUCUCAUCCUGCUGUACGAUUAAGCCACACAAUGCCUUUGAACCCGAGUCGCUCCAGAGCGAAGGAUCGCAGUGGCAGCAGCAGCGUUAUGGGCUGGCCCGAGUUUCUGUCCCUGAACGUCCCGCCGCGAAACAACAGAGCGUGGCGAAGAUCCGGCCAGUCCAGGUCCCAGCAGAACCAGCAGAGUGAGAACCUGCCAGAGCCGGGUGAGAGCAUGAAGGAGCGCAGAGAGGCGACCAGGCUGCCGGAUGAAGACUGCAUGCUGCUCAACCCGUCCUUCAGAGGCAUCGCCAUCAACUCACUGCUGGCCAUCGACAUCUGUCUAUCCAAGCGUCUGGGCGUGUGCGUCCACACCACAUCCUCAUGGGGCAGCAUGCGCUCGGCGGUCACUCUGCUGGCUCUGACGGGUCACGGCAUCACGUGGAUCUGUGGGACUCUGGUGUGUCUCACUCAGAGUAGCACGCUGGCUGGACAAGAGGUCCUGAUCAACCUGCUGAUAGCGCUGAUUCUUGAUGUCCUGACUGUGGCCGGGGUUCAGAAACUGGUCAGGCGCAAAGGACCAUGGGACAUUAGUCCCGGCUUUCUGGACUGUGUGGCUCUGGACACGUACUCGUUCCCGGCUGCACACGCCAGCAGAGCAGCCAUGGUGUCCAAGUUCCUCUUGUCCCAUCUGGUGCUGGCCGUCCCGCUGCGGGUUCUGCUGGUGCUGUGGGCCGUCCUGGUGGGCCUGUCCCGCGUUCUGCUGGGCCAACACCACCUGACGGACAUGGCGUGCGGUUUCGCUCUGGGCUUCCUUCACUUCGGUCUGAUGGAGACGGUGUGGCUGUCGUCUGGAGCCUGUCAGACGCUCAUCUCCAUCGGGACCUUCAGCUGGGGCUCCGUCCGUUAGACUGCAAACACAGAAGAUGUGUUUACAUGCCGAGUCCGAAUGCAUAAUCCAGUAUUUGUAGGAUUAAACACAUAUUGUGCCUCAGUCUUUCAGAUCAGAUGCACAAUGUAAAGGACAAAUGCAGUUCUGAUUUUACAUGCUGGAAGAAACGAGCUCCAGUCGCAUUAUCAGGUCUGUUAGUUAUGAUUUCAGUCACUCUCUGGUGUUUACACGACACUGAAAGAUGCAUUCGUGCUUGGGUAUUUUUAUAUUGCAUGCAAUAGCACUGAAUUUGACUGUACAGUUGAGUUUGGACUCUUUUUCUGUCUCAUUUUCACUUCUUAAUUCUGCAGAACUGAGAUCUUAUAGGGGAAGUUGCUUGGAAAGGAAGUAAUUGUUAAAAGUGUUUUUGUCCUGAUAAACAACUGAUAUUUUUAGAAUGUCAUCAACGUUUGAAGAUUAGUUCAUUGCAGCACCAGUGUAAUUUUCAAAGAAAAAAGAAAAAGUUUGGGAUUAAUUAUAAGAACAUCCGACGCGAAAAUACUUUUUUUUUUUGUUUCGUAAUUUAAUAGCUCUUGCAUUUAAUGGUAAAUUUGUGUGUAAAGCACAGUUGUGUGAUACCAUGUCAAAUUUGAUCAGGACUUACAAACAGUCAGUUUUCCAUCAAGGUGUAUUUAUUUCAGGAUGUUGCCUGUCUGGCUUUCUUUGUGUGCAUGAAUUACGUUUGACAUGUUUUGAAUCAGUAUUUUUUGUGAUAUCAAUCAAAGUACUGUAAUGACUCCUGCAAUAUUCAAUUGAUCUGUUGGUUUCGUAUUUCACAUAAAAACGAACUAGUGAAAUGGUUCUGUACUGCACAUAUUUGUACUAUAAAAUUAA